AGUGUCAAAGCCUGGGACUUUAGUCUGGCAGAGCGAUACUAGUAUAGGAAGGGCAGGGAGUGGACUCCAGUUAGACUGAGCCCUGCCACGGUCUGCCUGAAGGCAGUCAGACUGAGCACCACUGUGUUUUGCUUGAAACCCACGCCACAGUUUUUUAUUGGGUGACUGGGGAGAAUUUUUGAGUGACCUCCGUCCUCAGCUCCUGAGCUGGGUAGAUACAAUCUCGUUUUUUUCACUAACUCUGCUUGCGGUAAAGUCAGUUUCACUUUUGCUAUCAACAAUGAAAAGCAACUACAGGGGACUGAGGGCUUUCCAGUUGCUGCUGGGCUGCACUGCCGCUCUGGGAAGUCAGACCUGGACAUGACCAUGCCCUCCACGAGGACCGUGAAGAGCCCCGGCUUCGGCCAGCACUUUUGGAUGAUGGUGAUCUGCACGGUGCUCCUGCAAGUGCUCCUGCAAGCCCUGUCUGUGGCGUUGACUUACGUGUACUUCACUAAUGAGAUGAAGCAGCUGCAGAACAAAUACUCCAGAAGUGGAAUAUCGUGCUUGUUAAAGAAGGAAGAGGAUCCCUGGGGCUCCACUGAGGAAGAACACAGACACUGCUUGCAGGCUAAGAGGGAACUGUAUCAGCUUAUUGAAGAGGUGACUUUGAGGACAUUUGGGGAAACCAUUUCUACAGUUCCAGAAAAGCAGCGAAGUAUUAAUUUCCCACCCAGAGGUGGAAAACUUCAGAGAGUGGCGGCUCACAUUACUGGAAAGACUCGGAAAAGCAGCUCAGCCUUAAUUCCAAUCUCCAAGGAUGGAAAGACCUUGGGCCAGAAGAUAGAAUCCUGGGAGUCAUCGAAGAAAGGGCAUUCGUUCCUCAGCUAUGUACAUUUGAGAAAUGGAGAGCUGAUCAUCCAGGAACAGGGCCUUUAUUACAUCUAUUCCCAGACGUACUUCCGGUUUAAAGAGACUGAAGAUACUUCCAAGGCAGUCUCCAAGGACAGAGGGAGAAACAAACAAAUGGUACAGUACAUCUACAAAUACACCAACUACCCAGACCCCAUAAUGCUCAUGAAGAGUGCCAGAAACAGUUGCUGGUCCAGAGAUGCAGAAUACGGACUCUAUUCCAUCUAUCAAGGGGGGCUGUUUGAGCUUAAAGAAAAUGACAGGAUUUUUGUUUCUGUGACAAAUGAGAAUUUGGUAGACCUGGACCAAGAAGCCAGCUUUUUUGGAGCCUUUUUAAUUAACUAAAUGACCUGCAGCGAUCACACACAGCCCUAAAUGUCCAGUCACCUAGGUUGAUGUCUGUGGUUUAUACUGUCUCCAGGUCCCACGUGGAACUCACAGUUUUGAGAGACGUAAUAGGCUUCUGUGACAACCUCUACCCCCACGCCCCCUCCAAUCCCCAAAAAGUAGCAGCCUAGACAGGAAGUCAUCGAAGACAACUCUCUUUUUUUGGGAAGACAACUCUUUUUUUUGUUGUUGUUGUUUUGUUUUGUUUUUCGAGACAGGGUUUCUCUAUGUAGCUUUGCACCUUUCCUGGAUCUUGCUCUGUAGACCAGGCUGGCCUGGAACUCACAAAGAUCAGUCUGCCUCUGCCUCCUAAGUGCUGGGAUUAAAGGCAUGCGCCACCACUGCCCGGCCAUGGAAGACAACUCUUAAAAAUUGUGAUAUGGAUGCUGAAGUGUAGCUCUCCACAACUGAUGGCUACUGUCGGGGCGUAAGUAGGGAAGGACUCAGUUUUCUUUAAGGGGCUGGACCUGGGAGUUUGACUGUACCGCAGAGAGUGUAUGGGAACACAAGCUGGGCUUUUUGGAGGGAAUUCACAAGAGUGGAGGUGGGCCUGAGAGGACUGGAAGUGAGUGUGACUGGGGGUUAUGUUAAAUUUAUACAAAAUUUCCAAAUAAUCAGUAAAUAAUCAAUAAAAAUAUUAUGUUGGAAAAAAAAUCACAGAAUCUCUCACCUAGACCAUUAGGAGAUUUGUGUGUGUGUGUGUGUGUGUGUGUGUGUGUGUGUGUGUGUGUGUGUGUAAAACUGUUUUCUAUGGUAACUUAUUAUGUGGUUCUCAAAUAUGAACUCUGUGAUAACAACCUUGUGUCCCAUCAUCAUACAAAAUAUAUGUGUUCAUGGCUCAAAAUCCACAAGUAACAGGGGUUAGACACCUCUGAAAUUUAAUGUAUGGCUCAAGAAAAUUCUCUUCAUCCAGUGAGGUCCAGAGAGGCCAGUAGUUUUGACACCCCUGAUUCUAGUCUUUGGGAAGUUUCCAGAAGACCAUGGAUACAUUCUUUUAUAAAAUUGUUUCUUUUAUUUUUUGAGAUUUUAAUGAUAUCAUUUCCUCCCUCCAAACCCUCCCAUCCCAUAAAUCCUUCUGUACUGUUCCUCAACGUCAUGGCCUCUUUUUUCAUUAAUUGCUAUUUGUAGAGAGCUGCGUGGAGCUGCAUCCUUAAGAUGGCUCAGGCUUUCGCCCCCCGCCCUCCCGAUGGCGAGCGCUCUCUGUGUUAAACAACACCUUAUUUGGCUUGGCUUUAGAUUUUGGCUUGCUAAGGCAUACGUGUACCUAUCCGGGAAUCCCAUGUGGCGCAUGGUGGCUGGUGGACUGAGACCUAUAUAAGGCUGGGACGGGCUCUCCCUAGGGGUAGAAGAACAAAAGAAACAGAUUGAAAAGGCCUGAAUAAACAGCUUGAAGAAGA